GCGGAUGCUGACUUGAAAGUUGAUUUUUUACUCGACUUUUUAGGUUAAUUUCUGAAAUGUGGUUAAAUUAAUUUUGACGCUGAUAACUUGAAAGGAUUGCAUUUAGGAGACCCAGUAGUAUUGAUACAAGUGAAGACUAAAGCUUUAAAUCGGAGCCUAAGUGCGGACAUUUUGUGUAAUUUGAUAAAAUAUUCAUCACAUCGAUUCUUAAUUCUUCUUGGACAGCGCUUAUCUACAAAAACAUAGGUGAUUGGCUGGGCUGAAGAGCGAUGUGGGGUGCUGGUCCUGGGGGUCCUCCGCCUUCCGGGGGUGGAGGCGAUCCUUGGUCGCAACCUCCUCCGCAAAUGAUGGGACAACAAAACAGUGAUUCGUCACAAUAUUCACUAAAUCCUAAUCACUACACAAAUAUUCCCCACAAUCAAGUUGAUUGGGCAGCCUUAGCGCAGCAAUGGAUGAUACUAAAGGGGGCUGGAGGAGGACGUGCGGAAAAUCCUUCAGUAGCACCACCACCUCAACACAUGGGGAUGCCACCAAUGCCGAUGCCACCAAAUAUGAGAAUGAUGGGUGUUCCUCGACAGCAGCUCAUCAAUCAGCCACACCCCCCACAUCCAGGCCAAAAUAUGUUUGGUAACAACGCCUUAAUGCAGCAACCCCCGCCCCAAUUUCAUCCGGGAAUGGCAUCCCAGCAAAUUGUUGAUGAAGGUCCUCCUGGUGUGGCGCAAAGUUCGCAUUCCUAUCAUGGUAAUGAUGGUUCUAGAGGAGGAGGAAAUGCUACUUCACUUGUUGGAGACAUUAUUGGAGAGGCUCCAAUGGAAUUGGAAUCAUUGGAACAAGAUCCACCACAACAGCAGCACAAAGCAAAUAAUAAUGACGGCUGGAAAGGAGGCGCACAAAAUAAUUGGUAUUCACCUGAAGUUAAUAACCCUUGGACGUCAUCCGCCAAUAAUACCCCACUCGGUGAAAAUAGACUUGCUAAAAUUCAGGCAGCCUUUGGAGUUAAUGCCUCACCUCAUCCAUCUCCUCCUCCUUCUAUGCAAGGGCAGCAAAAAUUUCGACCAAUGAUGAAGCAAAAUAAACAACAUAUGCCGGCAGCCACCACGGAUUAUGGGUAUUAUAACGCACAACAGCAAACCAGAGCAGCUACAAAUGCCGCCGGCUACUGGUCAUCAAAUGAUAAUGGGUCAAAGGACAAUUCUGGUCUUGAUUUUAGUCUGGAGUCUACCCAGCCUUAUUCUGCCUAUUUGUCAAUGGCUGCUUCUGUUGAAUAUUCAUCCGAUGAUAACUCCAUGUCUGACAUGGAGACUGCGAGAAGGAAAACCUUGCCCGUCUGGAUUAGGGAAGGAUUGGAGAAAAUGGAGCGUCAGAAAAAGAAGAAAGAAGAAGAGGCUCGAUUAGCCGAAGAGAAAGAAGAACAAAGGAAACGUUUACUUGAACAGCAAGAAGCCAACGCAGCAGUUGAGGAAUCUGCAUCGGAUCCAAACAACUCUAAAUGGAAUGAGUCUGAACCUCUGCCUAACGAUGAAGAUUCUGCCGCCGACGACGAAGGCGAAAACGACGACGACCACCACAAUGAAGCUAGUUACCAUAAUAAGCGGAACAAUAAUGUCAAGAAAGAACAACCAACGUUGGCAAGCGUGCUGAAAAACUUACCUCCAGACGAGCGAGAAGAUGCUAUUAUGUACGCUAUUCGUCGAGUAAGCACAUCCGUAUUGGUUACCGUGACCAAUGCGAUGAUCCUUGAUGCCGCGACAACUGCUUAUAAUCGAGCUAAAAGUCGUAAGAAAGUGACUUCUUCCACCAUUCAAAUCCAGAAGACGAGUGCCCUCGCGUCAAUUGCUGGGGGAUUUGAUCUGGGCCUUGGUGGAUAUGGAUCAGACUCGGAGGAAUCUAACGCAUCUAGCAAAUCUGAGGUUGAUGACAAUAAAGGAUCUGCUGACGAGGAGGAGGAUGACAGAAAUAGCGCCGACUCUGAUGAGGAACUUUUGGCUCAAAUUGAAAGGAAGAAAAGGAAUUGGGAGUUACAAAAGUUGGAGUUGAACCAUCACUCACGCUCAAGAUCUUCGUCUGUUGUUGAUACCGAGGAAAGUUCUUCACGCACGCAGCCCCCACAAAAGUCUGAAAUAAUUGAGUCCGGUGGUGUUAGUUCAAAAAGUCAGGCACAUAAGAGUAAAGAAGUGAAAGAGGUAGACAAAGCUAUUGUGUCCAGCACUGUUGCAGGUCCGAAUGACACUAAUUCUUCUUCAAAGCCAGUAAACACUAAAGACGACGAGAAGGAGAAAUCAGAAAAAGCAUCCAAAGAGAAACGAAAAAGGUCAAGUUCCUCUUCGCCAGAACGCACAAGCAGUAGGAGCAGACGCCACCGAUCGACAUCCAGGUCUCGAAGGAGAGCUUCUAGCUCUCGUUCAUCAUCACCACGUCGCCGUGACAGAAAACGUCGACAUAACAGCAGAAGUUCGUCACCUUCCCGUUCGAGAUCACGAUCUACAUCCCGUAACAGUCGCAGGCGUAAUAAUCAAAGAGAAAGACCAAGAUCUCGAGGUCGCAAUUAUUCCAGAUCUAGGUCUACGUCCGAUCGUCGUUGGAAGAGGUCAAAGUCUCGCUCGAAAUCCCGAUCGCCUUCAAAAUCUCGUCGUCGAAAUCGUUCGAGAUCAAGGGAAGACCGCAGCAGACGUACUAAACGAUCAUCAAGAUCUCGCUCACGAUCAAAAUCCAAAGAAAUCAAAACAAGUUCCUCCUCCAAAUCGUCAAAAAGACGAUCCAACUCUGACGAGAGAAAAAAGAGAAAAGAUAAACAUGAUCAUAAAAGAUCAAAAUCUCGUUCCCCCAAAAAAGAUCACGAUUCCCACUCCAAGAAACAAAGUGCAAGUAAUAAUGAGAAGAAAGACAAGAAGGGUAAAGACAUCAAACGUUCUUCUAUCGACGAAGAAGAAGACAACGGUUUUGCCAAACCCAAAACCAAGUUGGAGCGACAUCAAUCGCGGUCUCCUCGUCGUCGAUCCCAGAGCCAAAGUCCCCCUAGUCGGGGUAGUUCUGUCAAUUCCAAAACUUCUAAUAGGUCCAAAACUAACAAAGACAGUAAAAGCAGUAGUAGUAGACGAAGUGAUCGCGAUAAGCAUAAGGACAAAAAGCGUAAGAAAAAGGAUAAGAAAUCCAGUCGACAUCGGUCAAGAUCCCGUUCAUAUUCUUCAACAUCUUCGUAAAACAGACCACGAGAAUAGAAAGUACUUUGUCUUGUUCUUCCUAAUAGUUUUAAUAUUGUGAUCAAAAUUCAUGAUAAAAAUAAUCUAGCUGUGUACCUUUGCCUUUGUAUAAUAAUGUACACUAUAAUUAGUAUACAUAAUUACUAACUUGCAUGCAUGCAACAUGUAUUUUGUGUUUUUCACGUAGGUUUUGCAUCAUUUGAUUUUUAGUAAUAAUAUGCGUAAAUCUUUUGUAUUGUUAUUCCUGUAAAAUGCAAUACCUGAUCUAUGCAAUAAAUUUUUAGAAGGCAUUUGCUCUAUUUUAUGUGA